AUGUUGUUACCCAAGGGCGGAGUUAACUGGAAGUCCGCCAGGUCCAGGUUACCUCCCUGGAGGGCUGUCCUGGUUCUCUUGACGCGAACUCGUUUCUUGGUCUCCGUGGCCGUGACGGGCCUGAUCAUUCUCCUGUGGCGUGGCGUGAGCAAGUCCGCGUCGGAGAUGCAAAAUUUCUACUGCUAUGGCUCCUCGAAAUCUCCGAUGGAGAUGUCGAUCAACGAGAUGGUCGAAUGGAACGGCUACGCCCAGACCCCCGUCCUCUUUAACCAUCAUGAACCCUACGAAGUCAACAGCACAACUAUCACCGAUGUCGAUCUUAACCCUAUCUCCUCCACUACCCAGGCUGUUGCCAAUCGGGAGCGCGUGCUCAUCCUGACUCCUCUGCGCGACGCCGCCCCCUACCUCGAGAAAUACUUCGACCUGCUCUACAAGCUCAGCUAUCCUCACGAGCUGAUCGACCUUGCCUUCUUGGUCGGUGACACCAAAGAUGACACGCUGGCCAAUCUUGCCUCCGAACUCGAUCGCAUCCAAAACCAUGCCGAUGAGAAAGUCCGGUUCCGCAGCGCAACCGUCAUUCGCAAGGAUUUCGGAGCUGAUAUCGAGAUGAGCGUGGAGGAACGCCAUGGGUUUGCGGCCCAAGGCCCCCGUCGCAAGGCGAUUGGCCGUGCCCGCAACUACCUGCUCUAUUCUGCUCUCAAGCCCGAUCACUCUUGGGUUUACUGGCGCGAUGUGGAUAUUGUGGAUUGCCCAGAGCGCAUUCUGGAGGAUUUCAUGGCCCAUGACAAGGAUAUUCUGGUGCCAAACAUCUGGUUCCAUCGCUACCAGGAUGGCCGUGAUAUCGAAGGCCGAUUCGAUUACAACUCGUGGAUUGACUCGGAUAAGGCCAGACGCCUCCGCCAGACCCUGGACCCCGAUACCGUUCUUGCAGAAGGCUAUAAGGAGUACGAUACGGGCCGAACAUACAUGGUUAGCAUGGGCGACUGGCGCAACAACAAGGACGACGAAAUUGAGCUUGAUGGUAUUGGCGGUGUCAACAUUCUCGUGAAGGCUGACGUCCACCGUUCAGGUAUCAACUUCCCCGCUUAUGCAUUCGAGAAUCAGGCCGAGACCGAGGGCUUCGCCAAGAUGGCCAAGCGCGCCGGCUACCAGGUCAUUGGCCUGCCCAACUACGUGGUGUGGCAUAUUGACACUGACGAGAAGCCUGGUAACCUCGGAAAUCGCAAGGCAUACUAG